UCUGGUCCGCUUAUUUCAUCACCUUGUUCAUCUCCUUCGUCAUCUUCUACAUAACAAAAGUAACCCAAUUUAAACUCAGAAUUUCUUGAUCUUUUUUUUCAUUUAACCUCAAUAUCGAUUGAGUCAAACAAAGGGAGAAUGAACAGGGAAGAUAUAGCUAAACAUCGGCAGUUCCUCGCCGAUAGGAGAUGUGUUUUCCCUCUCGUUGUUUCCGGCCUAAUCGCCGGAGCCAUACUAACCUCGAGUUUCAUAAAAGCCGCCGACUACUCGCUUCUAUGCUCCGUUGCCAAUACCAGAUCAUCAGAAGCCGUUGCUGGUGUCUCCGUCUCCAAUACCGGAUCAUCAUCUCAAGCCGUUGCUGAAGCCUCCGUCGCCAACAGAGGAUCAUCUUCUCAAGCCGUAGCUGAAAACUCUGUCACGCCGAUCCAACUCCAAGCCAUCAUCCACUACGCCACGUCACGCAUCGUACCGCAACAAAGCUUCAAGGAGAUCUCCGUUACAUUUGACGUCCUCAAGAAACGUUCACCUUGUAAUUUCCUCGUCUUCGGACUGGGCUACGAUUCCUUGAUGUGGACUUCACUCAAUCCGAAGGGGCACACCAUAUUCCUGGAAGAGGAUCCGAAAUGGGUCCAGUCGGUGCUCAAAGAUGCGCCCAGCCUCCACGCGCACCCCGUUAAGUACCUUACGCAGCUCAAGGAAGCCGACGCUUUGCUCUCCCAUUACCGCUCCGAGAAGAAUUGUUUCCCAUCGAAAGCUUAUUUACACGGAAACAACAAGUGCAAGCUUGCCUUGACGGGGUUUCCCGAUGAGUUUUACGAUACAGAGUGGGAUUUAAUAAUGAUCGAUGCGCCGCGUGGGUAUUUCCCGGCGGCGCCCGGUAGGAUGGCGGCGAUAUUCUCGGCUGCCGUCAUGGCGAGGAACCGGAAAGGGACGGGCGUGACGCACGUGUUCUUGCACGACGUUGAUCGGAAGGUGGAGAAGACUUUCGCCGAGGAGUUUUUGUGUAGGAAAUACUUGGUCAAGGCCGUCGGUAGACUUUGGCAUUUCGAGAUACCGUCGGCCUCUAACAUGAGCAGCUACGGCGGCGCUCGGUUUUGCUAAAAUGCGCCCCUUUCUGCCAUUGUUCAUGUGUGCCGGAAUUCAAUCAUAAAUGAUAUACUUUAAGAUA